UAAACACAAAAUUUGCACGAUAAUCCUUAAUUUGCUUGCUUAUUCAUAUCAUUCUAACAUCUUAAUUAAUCAUAAAUGAUCAAAACUGUAACUUAAUUAGAAACGAUUGCAUGCAUAAAAAAAAAAAAAAAAAAACUGUAAACGAAGAGAAUGAAGGAAAAGGACAUGUCAAGAAAAUUGGCCGUAUAGAUUAGUGCAUUCAUGAAUACAAUUUCCAUUGAUUGAGUUUUCCUGUUCUUUUUUCCUCAGGAAAUUUCCAAGUAAAUGCUGAACUUAUUAAAUUCUUGAAUUUUCAUUUUGUUGUAAAACUGCCAAACCCCUUCAAAAGCAACGAUCCAAUUGAUGGAAACAUGAAACACGCAAUUGAAGAACUUGGGUCAACGAGAAUUGUCAUGCAUUACAAGUUAGAACAAGAGAAAACCUCAACGGAAACUGCCAAGUGAUUUGAAAAACAACCAAUGCUGAAAUCAGCUAAUUUGGUCAACAAACAACAAUAAACCUAAACCAUAUGUGAACCAAUCAAGUCAAACUAUAACUAUUAAGUAUAUCCCCCACUUUAAUCCCACAAAUAUUAAUUAAAAAUAUAAUUAGAAACUGAAUCAGUGAUUAAUCCACCAUUCUCUGCCUUCAAUGAAAGGCGCGCGCGGCAAAAUCUAUGGAACUUUCUCAUGAUUUUUCUUGUUCCUCGAUCUUAUCUUUGCUAUGUUCAAUUAUUAUUGUUAUAAAAUUUUUUAAAAAUUCAAUUAUUUUUGGGAUUUAAUCCUAACCUAAUCUCAUAAUAAAAACCUACCCACUCCUUCGAUUUUAAGCUUUAAUCCCUUUAAAGAAGCUAACAACAGAAACUAUGUUUCCGUUGUUUGGUUACCAUUCCUUCCUCUUCCUUCUUUUGCUCUGUUUUUUUCCACGUCCUUGUUUUACCGCCAGAAUCACACCGGAAAAAAUAACUGUCAUAACUACCGAUACUCACAAAGCCACGUGGCAUAAUUUUACUCGCUUUAAAGACGCCGAGAAGGGUAGCCACGUCAGCGGCAUGUCGGAACUCAAGAAAUACUUCCAACGUUUCGGCUACCUCUCACUUCCAGAUAACCAAAACGACAAUUUCACUGACGUUUUCGACACUCAAUUCGAAUCUGCCGUUACUUUAUACCAACAAAAGCUCGGGUUACCGGUAACAGGCCAGCUCGAUUCCGACACGAUAUCAGCAAUCAUGUCGCCUAGGUGCGGCGUUUCAGACACCGCCCCCAGAAUCCAUGCAACCAAACAUUUUGCCUAUUUUUAUGGAACGCCAAGAUGGGGGCCUGGAUCGCCUAUGACUUUAACGUAUGCUUGUUCGCCUUCGAACAUGAUCGAUUACAUAAGCUUAUUGGAAAUUAGAACAGUUUUUCAACGCUCGUUUUCGAGGUGGGCUUCGGUGAUUCCGGUAAACUUUACUGAGAUAGAAGAUUAUGAAUCAGCUAAUAUCAGAAUCGGGUUUUACCGCGGCGAUCACGGCGACGGCGAACCGUUCGAUGGGGUUUUAGGAGUGUUAGCGCAUGCUUUUGCGCCAGAGAAUGGGAGGUUUCAUCUUGAUGAAGCUGAAACGUGGGCCAUUGAUUUUAAGAAAGUGAAAUCAGAGGCGGCUGUUGAUUUGGAAUCCGUGGCGACGCACGAGAUAGGUCAUAUACUUGGCUUGGCUCAUAGUUCGGUCAAGGAAGCCGUGAUGUAUCCGAGCUUGAGACCGCGUAGUAGGAGAGUGGACCUGAAACUCGAUGAUGUGGAAGGUGUUCAAGCUUUGUAUGGCUCAAAUCCUAACUUCAAGUUCAGCUCUUUACUAGAAUCUGAAACUUCUUCUAACAAAGGUAUUGGCCUGAAUUGUAGAUCAUCUAAGUGGCCUUUUUCUUUGGAAGUGGUAGUUUUUUUCCUUCUUUCGAUGAUUACUUGAGGGGCUUUUAUAAUUUUUAGCUCUCUUAAACAUUUCUUUUUCCUUUUUUUAUAGGAUUAUUUAUGGGUGAAGAAAAAAAAUUGUUCACACCCAAAAAUGGAUUGAAACAAUUCUUUUGGUUUUAAGAACAUACAUAUUUGUGAUUCUUUUUUCUUUUGUAUAUUUCUUGGUGUUAUAUGUUUUUUCUUGUUUUAUAGUACGAUUUUUUUUCCUUUUUAUAUUAUAUGGUUCAAACUUCUUUAAAGGUGCGCUACCUUUUUGGAAUAUAAAAGAAUAAUGAAAGAAAAAGCUCUUGACCCUACAAUUAGGACUGAGGUGACGAGGGAAACGAAAGGAAUGGAGAGAAAAGGAAUCAACGAAGAACCUUCCCAUCAAAGCUAAUGCCUCAGCCAGUUUGACAUCAUCAGUACAAUUUACUACCGGA